GUGCCCCUGACAUUAAUUUUUAUAUCCUUCUUCCUAGCACUAUUAGGCCUAUCCCUACAACGAAAACAUCUUCUUUCACUUUUACUUACCUUAGAAAGUAUAGCCCUAGCACUAUAUGUAUCCACAGCAUUAUGAGCCCUAAACAAUACAUCACUCCCAAUAAUAGCAGCACCCCUUAUUAUUUUAACCUUUUCACCCUGUGAAGCAGGCAUAGGUUUAUCUCUAAUAAUCGCAACAGCCCCUACUCAUAAUACAGACCAAUUAAAAGCCCUAAAUCUAUUAAAAUGCUAA